CAGGAUUUAGGCUGGGGCCCUAUACUUGCCUCCCUCCAAGUUCCUGAGCUAACCAUGGAAGAAUUCCUGCAGGAGUGUCUGUCUUUAGGAAGCUACUUGACCCUAUAUGUCUACCUGCUGCAAUGUCUGAACUCUGACCAAACUCUUACCAAUGAAAUGAAAAUGCUGCUAACCAUCAGCAAAUGGCUGGAGCAAGUGUACCCAAGCUCAGCAAAGGAAGAGGCAAAGCUGUUUCUUUGGUGGCAUAAAGCCAUGCAGUUAUCCUUGAUUCAGAUGGAGCAAGAUGACACCAUUCUGAUCGAAUCUGUCAUUCGGACACUGCUGUCAAUCCAGGGCAGGCAGAGUCAGCUGGCUGAAGAGAGACUGACUUCUGGAAUACUUGGUGCUAUUGGACUAGGCAGGAGGUCUCCUUUGUCACCCAGGUUUCGGGUGGUUGCCCGCAGUUUGUCUGCCUUCCUCUUGGUGCAGAUUCCUGCAGAGAGUCAAGUCCGCCUGAAAGCAGGGUCAGAGCCAAAGCUGUCGCAGAAGGCUCAGCAGGCACUGAAUGUUCUUGAAUCUAUGACAUCAAACAAACAAUAUAUGGAUUAUCAAGAGCAGCUCUCCCAGGCUUCUCAAUUCAUCAAGCAUCCAGAACAUUGUCUUCGAGAUGGCAAUAAUCUCUUAGCUCUCCUUAUUAACACUCUGUACCCAGAAGUGCAUUAUUUGGACAGCAUACGAUAGCAGCACU